AUGGAGAUUGAAAAAGUAGAAAAUCUGGGGAAAGUUGAUGAUGAUAUAGAUGAACAAUCCCCCGUUGAACAAGUUCGUUUAACAGUACCAACAGAUGAUGAUAGCUCAGUUCCAGUAUAUACAUUUCGAAUGUGGUUUUUGGGAAUUAUUUCAUGUGUACUUUUAUCAUUUAUCAACAUCUUCUUUAGUUACAGGCAAAAUCCAUUGAUAAUCACGUUGGUUACUGCACAAAUUGCAACGUUACCACUAGGUAGACUCAUGGCAAAAUUUCUUCCUACGAAGAAGUUUCGUUUGCCAGGACUUGGAUUAUGCGAAUUUUCGCUUAAUCCAGGUCCUUUUACUAUGAAAGAACAUGUUUUAAUUUCAAUAUUUGCUAAUGCUGGUGCUGCAUUUGGUAGUGGUACUGCUUAUGCUGUUAGUAUUGUGGAUAUUAUUAAGGUCUUUUAUCACAGGAAAAUCUCCUUCGUGGCUAGUUGGAUCCUUGUCAUCACUACACAGGUUCUGGGAUACGGUUGGGCUGGUAUCAUGAGGAAGUUUGUGGUAGAGCCUGCUGAAAUGUGGUGGCCAUCUACUCUAGUUCAAGUCUCUAUUUUCAGGGCGCUACAUGAGAAAGAGAAUGAUACUGGCCGUUACUCUAGAGGAAAGUUCUUUUUAAUCGCAAUGUUAUGCAGUUUCUCUUGGUAUAUUGUCCCUGGUUACCUCUUCAAAUUCUUGUCAACAAUCUCUGUGCUCUGUUUGGUAUUUCCAAAAUCAGUUUUAGCACACCAACUUGGGUCAGGCCAAUUUGGGCUUGGCAUUUUCUCUUUCACAUUUGAUUGGUCAGUCAUAGUGUACUUGGGCAGUCCACUGGUCACUCCAUUUUUUGCUAUCCUCAACAUUUUGGCAGGCUAUGUUGUAAUAGUCUACAUCAUGAUUCCUGUAGCCUACUGGGGUUUAAACCUCUACAACGCCAAAAAUUUCCCCAUUUUUUCUACUGAUUUAUUCGAUGGUCAUGGGCAGUCGUACAGUGUGUCAGCCAUUGUCAAUAAAAAUUUCGAGAUAGACAAUGUUGCGUAUGAGGCACAAGGACGGAUAAAUCUCAGCAUCAUGUUUGCUCUUGCAUAUGGACUCAGUUUUGCAACUAUUGUGGCUACCCUCACGCAUGUCCUCUUAUUUAAUGGCAAGGAGAUUUGUGAGCGAUUUCGUGCUUCAUACAAAGGGAAAAUAGAUAUUCAUACAAAGCUUAUGAGGAAAUACCAGGACAUUCCUUCAUGGUGGUUCCACAUGACCCUCGCUCUCUCAUUUGCGCUGUCUCUCCUACUCUGUACUGUCUUGAAAUCGGAGAUUCAGCUACCGUGGUGGGCACUCAUUUUCGCUUGCAUGAUUGCCCUUAUUUUCACUCUACCAAUAAGUAUCAUUCAAGCCACAACAAACAAUUCACCAGGACUAAAUGUCAUCACAGAGUAUAUUCUUGGACUAAUAAUGCCAGGGAAACCAAUAGCCAAUGUUUGCUUCAAAACAUAUGGUUAUAUUAGCAUGGCACAGGCUGUGUCUUUUCUCCAAGAUUUUAAGCUUGGUCACUAUAUGAAGAUUCCUCCGAGAUCAAUGUUUGUAGUUCAGCUAGUCGGGACAUUCAUAGCCUCAACAAUCAACGUUUCAACUGCGUGGUAUAUGUUAAACAACAUUCCCUUCAUUUGUCAAUUGGAGUUGCUUCCUAAAAACACUCAAUGGACAUGUAGAGGUGACCAUGUUUUCUAUGAUGCAUCAGUGAUUUGGGGUUUAGUAGGACCAAAGCGAUUUUUCGGUCCUCUAGGAAAUUAUGGUGCAUUAAAUUGGUUCUUUCUUGGAGGCGCGAUAGGGCCAAUGUUAGUGUGGCUGCUGCACAAGUCAUUCCCAAAACAAAGUUGGAUCAAGCUCAUAAAUCUCCCUGUACUUCUCGGAGCAACAGCCGCGAUGCCCCCAGCUAACACAUUGAAUUUCAAUAGUUGGAUUGUGGUUGGAUUUCUGUUCAAUUUCUUUUUUUUUCGAUACAGAAAGAAGUGGUGGCAGAGGUACAAUUAUGUUCUUGCUGCAGCAUUGGAUGCUGGAGUGGCUUUUAUGGGAGUUUUCAUUUUUCUGGCUUUUGGAUUUACAAAUGUUAAAGACCUCUAUUGGUGGGGAAAUGAGGGAGAAUAUUGUGAUUUGGCUAAUUGCCCUACUGCUAAAGGAAUUCAAGUUCGUGGCUGUCCAUUGAUCAAAUGAUGGUUUCUACUUAUCAUAUUCUUAGGUUUUAUGUGUUAAAUGGGUUUAGAAAUAUUAUUUUGUCUUUGGCUAUGUAUUUAUGGUUGUGUUAGACAAUAUUUGGUUUGAUAUUUCAAUUAUUGGUUUUCUUUAAUUAUGUUGUUAUAUAUAUACAUACAUAUAUAUAUAUAUAUAUUAUUUAAAGAUUAAUGAUACUUCUUUAUCGUUUGA